GGUGCCUCCUCUUGCCAUUGCGAUCACUGUCUCGGUGUUGAAUCAAUGUCGGUGUGCAUGCUGCUCUAACAGGAGGCUUUAGGAGUGGCGGGGAAGCGUUGGAUUUAACUUCACACACGGACAAAUCUAUGCUUGGAUUUCGGCUCUUUUUCCCUUCGCCAAUGCAAAAGGAAAUAUGCAGCGAAGCUUCACCAUUCUCUACACCAGUUUACUGGGGCUGUGCUUUGCAUCAAGCUCAAGUUUUCCAAGUAACAUCAAUAUAGGAGGAUUGUUCCCAACCGAAUCACACGAAUAUGAGGUUUUUCGGUUCGCCCUCUCUCACCACCAGGACAUCCCCAAACUGGUGCCGCAGGUGGAUAUGGUCUUGUUGGGGAAUAGCUUCUCCAUGACAUAUGCCUUUUGCUCCCAGUUCUCCAAAGGUGUGUACGCCAUCAUCGGCCUGUAUGACAGGAAGACGGUCAACAUGCUCAUGUCCUUCUGCGGAGCGCUGCACGUCUGCUUCGUCACGCCGUCCUUCCCCAUCGAGACGGCCAACCAGUUUGUCAUCCAGCUGAGACCCGAGCUCCAGGACGCUCUGGUGGGAGUGAUCGACCACUACGGGUGGAACAAGUUUGUCUACAUGUACAGUUCAGACUCAGGACUGUCUGUGCUGCAGAAGGUUCUGGACACAGCAGCGGAGAGGAACUGGCUUGUGACCUCGGUCAAUGUGGAGACCAUGACAGAGGCCUCCUUUUUGAAAGUUUUCCAGGAUUUGGACAAGAGGAAGGAGGGCCAGAUUAUCAUCGAUUGUGAAACCGAGAGGCUCACUGGCAUCCUCAAAGAGAUCGUCGAACAAGGCAAGAAUGCAAAGAGCUACCACUACAUCCUGGCUAACCUGGGUUUCCUGGACAUCGACCUGACUGACCUGAGGAAAGGCGGGGCGAACAUCACGGGCUUCCAGCUGGUCAACAACUCCGAGCCCACCAUCAGCCGUGUGGUCCAGCAGUGGCAGGAGUUUGACAACAAAGACUCCAAAAUGCGCAAGAGUGGACUCAAAUACACGGGCGCUCUAACAUAUGACGGCGUGAAAGUCAUGUCCACGGCCUUCCAGAACCUGCGGAGACAGAGGAUAGACAUCUCUCGCCGGGGCAACGCUGGAGAGUGUCUUGCCAACCCGCCAGCUCCCUGGGGACAGGGCAUAGACAUCCAGAGAGCCUUGCAGCAGGUGCGUAUAGAUGGAUUGACCGGUCACAUUCAGUUCAAUGAGAAAGGCCGCAGAACCAACUACACUGUUAGCGUCAUGGAACUGGCCCCCUCUGGACCAAAGAAGGUUGGCUACUGGAAUGAAGAUGAGAAGUAUGUGACUACUGCCAGCUUUGUGAGAGGCAGCAACGAAACGUACGGCCUGCAGAACAGGACUUACAUAGUCACCACGAUCCUGGAGUCUCCGUAUGUGAUGAUGAAGAAGAACCAUGAGCAGCUUGUGGGGAAUGACAAAUAUGAGGGCUACAUUGUGGAGCUGGCUGCAGAGAUAGCCAAACAUGUCGGCUACCAGUACAAACUGAAGGUGGUUUCAGAUGGAAAAUAUGGAGCCAGAGACCCAGAGAAUAAGAUGUGGAACGGCAUGGUGGGAGAACUGGUGUAUGGGAAAGCAGAUGUGGCUGUGGCCCCUCUGACCAUCACCCUGGUGCGUGAAGAAGUGAUCGACUUCUCUAAGCCCUUCAUGUCCCUUGGCAUCUCCAUCAUGAUCAAGAAACCCACCAAAUCCAAACCUGGCGUGUUUUCCUUCCUGGACCCGCUGGCUUACGAGAUCUGGAUGUGCAUUGUGUUUGCCUACAUCGGCGUGAGCGUGGUCCUGUUCCUUGUCAGUCGGUUCAGCCCGUACGAGUGGCACGCUGAGGACUACGAGGAGGGCGCUGAGCCGCAGUCGCCCACCCAAGCUUCAGCCAACGGGGUGCAGCAGGGCCAGGCCCCCCAGCAACAGAACAACAACCAGCAGAGUCUAGAGCAGACCAAUGAGUUUGGCAUUUUCAACUCCCUUUGGUUCUCACUGGGGGCCUUCAUGCAGCAGGGCUGCGAUAUCUCACCACGCUCUCUGUCGGGCCGCAUUGUUGGAGGCGUCUGGUGGUUCUUCACCCUCAUCAUCAUCUCCUCCUAUACUGCCAACUUGGCUGCCUUUCUGACAGUGGAGAGGAUGGUGUCUCCUAUAGAGAGCGCUGAGGAUUUGGCCAAGCAGACGGAGAUCGCCUAUGGAACGCUGGAUGCCGGCUCCACCAAAGAAUUCUUCAGGAGGUCGAAGAUCGCCGUGUUUGAGAAGAUGUGGUCGUACAUGAAGUCGGCCGACCCGCCUGUGUUUGUCAAGACGACAGACGAGGGCGUGAUGAGAGUCAGGAAGUCUAAGGGCAAGUAUGCCUACCUGUUGGAGUCCACAAUGAACGAGUACAUAGAGCAGAGGAAACCGUGCGACACUAUGAAGGUGGGAGGAAACCUUGACUCUAAAGGUUAUGGCAUCGCCACACCAAAGGGCUCCCCUCUCAGAAACCCAGUAAACCUGGCAGUGUUAAAACUGAACGAGCAGGGCCUCUUGGACAAAUUGAAAAACAAGUGGUGGUACGACAAGGGAGAGUGCGGCAGCGGGGGCGGGGACUCCAAGGACAAGACGAGCGCUCUGAGCCUCAGCAAUGUGGCGGGGGUCUUCUACAUCCUGAUCGGCGGCCUGGGCCUGGCCAUGCUGGUGGCGCUGGUGGAGUUCUGCUACAAGUCCAGGACCGAGUCGCGCCGAAUGAAGCAAUCCAUCAACGACGCCAUGCGCUGCUCCACCCUGACCCGAAUGAGUGGCAACGGAGCGGCGGAGAGAACGGACGAAUCCUCACCCACGAUCCCCAAGACCGUUCAGACGCUGCCCUGUAUGAGCCACACCGCCAGCAUGGGACUGGGUGCCUCCGGCUGUGAUCCUCACAUGACUGUGCUGGCGGCGAGGAAUAGGCAGGGUGAGGCAGAAAAAGAGCACAAGACUCUAAUCUCAAAAAUCAUGGCUGUUUGGUUUGACCCAUCUUUCCUCCUGGCUGUCAACGUGCCCGACUUGAACAAGACUUUACCUACUGCCAAAAUGCACUCUCGAACCGCUCAUUACAAAACUGAGACUCGCAACAUUUUUUUUAAUAAGUGGAUGUUUGAAAAAACAGAUACUGAGAAAAAAAAAAGGGAUUUGUGCUGCAAUAAAGAAGCCGUCAACGGGGCGUGUUUUUGGAAUUUUUUACAGUGUUAAUUUUUGUGGGAAAAAAAGAACUUUAUUGUUUAGUGUGACGCCUGCGCUGUGCCAUUUCGAUGGAGCUGUUGACGUAAGUCUGCGUGUGCAAUAUCUUCACUUCCACUGCUGACCUUGUACUACCUAGAUGCUUUCUGAUGGCUGAUGGAACAUGUCUUUGCACAGAUGUGGCAGGGGUGGACAAACACUUGUGACUGCUACAAUGAUUUCAUAUUGUUUUGGGACACUCCUGCUCUCUUUCCCUCUCACAUUUACACGCCAUUUUGGGAGGACAAAGUGCUCUGCGGAGCAAAGACAGAUUUUAAGAUAAAGUAUAUGGUUUUACAAAACUGUAAUAGCGCAAAGAUAUUUGUCACAAGGUUGAUUUCGAUUUAUCCGCAACUGAAGGUGAACACUGUUUAGAUCAGCAGUUGACCAGGCCACAACAAACAUGCAUUGCUGCUACACCUCAUUUAACACAACAUGCCUUGUCUUUGUGCCAUAUGACCAUUCUCACACAUACACACAGAUAAACACAGAUACACAUUGAUACCCACUUGUUUCUCCUGGGACAGAGUUCAUAUUUAGUCAGAGAUUCAGAAAUCACUUGACCUAAGAAAGGCUAUAAAACAGGAAAAAAACAAAACACUGACACAUUACUCCGUGGCUUUGUACAGUACUGAGUGACCUUACACUGUAUUCUACUGUUGUGACAUUCAUAGCAUAUCCAUUGAUAUACUGGGGAGUCUAUUUGCAGCAAACAUUGAAGAACAAUGAUUGACAGAUUCAGAUAUAAUCUGCAGAAAAUGUUCUUCAAACUAUUGUUGGAGCUGCAUAAUUCCCUCCCUCCUGUGAUGUAUUUUCAGCUGUAUUCAGUUUUUAUUGAUAUGGGCAGUGAAGCCACUCAAUUCAUCCCCUGCAGAUCGUGCGCAACCUAUAAAGGGGAAAUUGGCCUCCUCUAGCUAGCUUAGAAUUGAAACAUGCGAUGUGACUGGCAGACUCACCUUCACAUUUGUCCGUGUUUAUUAACAGUCAAGGUUUCCGUUUGUCCCAUACUGCCUGGCUGUAGAGUUCUUCCUUUUUCAGAUGUCAUGUAAACAGAAUUAGAGCGGCGGGUCCUGAACAGCAGAGGGCAGAGAUGACAAAGGGCAGACUGCCUCGGUUUGGCAUGUUAAACCAAAAUUCCACCAUUUCAAUACUUCUAACACAAAAUGACUAUUGGUGAUGUGCUUUGCAUUUCUAGGGUCGUUAUGUCCGUUAGUGGUACACACAGCCGAAAACGGACUUGGGGUCAUAAAAGGCAAUUUAAAUGAAAGAAAACAAUAAGGCUGGCAUAAUUAUAUAUUUUCUUUUUGUCAACAAAUAUUGUGAAAAAACACAACAACAGGAUGUCAUCUAUUUGGAGGAUUUAGCAAUAUAUGACAGAAGGCGUACAUAUUAAAAACAUCUCACAAAUGUAAUGUGUUAAAUUUAAAGAAUGCUUGUUGGUAUUUUUGCUAAAACAACUGACAUGGUUAUGUAGUUUUGUGAAAAUGUUACUUAAACAGAAAUACAUAGAGCAUUUGUUGGGAACUAUAAUUCAGCGACAGAUUAAUACACAAUUGAUGCACUGGUAUAUAUACUAUAUGAAGUAUAUAUAACAGCCGGGAAGUGUGGUACUAAACUACAGUGCCCUUAUUUAUAAGUUAAUUAAAGAAUAUUUCAGCCAGAAGCUGUGGCUCAUUCAUAUGUUUUUAAACAAAAUACAAUAGCAAAUAAUUAAGUACACAGGCGAAACUUGAUUGUAAGAUUACUUUAUUGUCAGUUGUAGUCUUUUCAUAGGAAAUGUUGACAACAAGAAGAAUAUUGAAUGUGGACAGCCUCAUCCUUUAAACUUUAAAUCUUGUAGGUGAAAACUGCCAUAGCUGGAAUAAAACGUGUAAUAAUGCUUCACAGCCCGAGGUUAUAUAAAGGGUACAUUCUGUGCCUUCUUCCAAAACAAGCAUCUGCUCCUCUUAUCUUUCCACCUACACACAUCUUCCACUCUCAUUUCGGGUAGAUGAAAGAUGAGGAAUAAUGUAUAAGAAAUCAUAAAACUGCAGUAAUUCAUCACAACAUAUAGGCCUGAAAUGCACUGAACAUCAUCAUCUCCACUCCCGGUCGACAUCUGAGAGUCAGACAGUGUCCAAAGGUGCGGUUUUUACUUUAAGGUGACAUGAAGGUUGUUGCUUGAAAUGGGAUUUUUGCUGCUGCUGGAUGCCAGAGGUCAGCUGUAGAUUAUGUACGGCACAGUCUUGCUGACCUCUAACUUCACAGCAGAGGCCAAGCGCCUGUACAAAGGCGGCACCCCCUGCUCCCACUGCUGCCCGCAUAUUAUUUUUCUUCUCCUCUGAGUUUCUGCUUUAAAAAAUAUAGUACCAAAUCCAAUGUAUGACCUCUCUCUUUGUCUAGAUUGUCAUACAAGCAAGAAAAUAGGCAGUCAGAGUUUACUGAAAUCAUACAUAUCUCCACCUAUUAUGUAUAUAAAAGGCUUUUCUCUCCCCCCAGUGAAAUGUUUGUUCUGCUCCCAUCAUGCCUCAGCGUACCUGAAUUAGUUACCUACCGCGUGAGUACUUUUCCUUUACUUCCCCCAUCUAUGCGUCUUCUUUUGCUGAUGUUGUAUUAAUUAGAACACGGCACAGCUCUCUCCAACGGAGGCUUUACCUUCAGACAGAUGUUUUAUAUGCCAUAAAAGAUUUGUAAAAAAAACAAAUAAUAAUAAAAAAGACACUCAAUGUUUGUAUUAUAAAGGAGAGUUGGGUGCCGGGAAAGUGUUAUACACUUUAACGAGUGUAAAAAAUAAACACACUGAUGUUGAGUAAUCUGUAGACGCUAAUGUUGUUUUAAGCCAGUUUUGAGUUCAUUUCAUCUUAUUUUGUUGCAAUUUCAAAAAGAAUUUCCUGUUGGUGUUUUGUGCUUGAAAUUUAACACCAUUUGAAUAUUCUUUGUCGUUUUCCUUUUUCACAGUAUUUUACUACUGGAAUCUAAUCACCAGAAACAUAGUUGUUUUUUUAACUUUGGAAAGGGUUGUAAGGUUUUAAUAUCAAAACGUUGAUCAAUAAAUGGUUUCACAGUUUAAAAGAAAAAGAAAAGUAAAAUAAUUCAACUAUUAGCAAUCAGACUUUUGAGAAAUAACUUUUUUUUUCUAGCCAAAGUGUCCUGGAAGGAAGUCAUCAUGCUUUUGUAACUGAAUAAAGGAAUAAACUAUGAA